AUGGUCAACGACAGUUCUAGUGAUGACGAAUUGGAAUCGUUUCUGGAGAACAAUGUUAAUAGAACCGUCGAGCACAUUGUGACGAGAAAAAACCUACCUCAGCAGAGAGAUCUUUUUGGCAAGGUCCUUCCGAAUCAAAAGCGAUUCUAUGAAGAGGUGAAGACAAACGUCACAUAUGGGCCCACGCACCAUCAACUCAACAUGGAUUCUCUUGGAACAUAUAUUUACCCCACGAACUACGAAGUUCGAGAAUACCAGUUUGAGAUAGUCAAGAAGGCGCUCUACGAAAACCUGAUAUGUGCUAUCCCUACGGGUACCGGCAAAACAUUUAUUGCAAGCACAGUGAUGUUAAAUUACUACCGAUGGACAAAAAAAGCUAAAAUAAUCUUUACAGCACCCACCAGACCCCUGGUAGCCCAGCAAAUUAAGGCAUGCUUGGGUGUCACUGGAAUCCCUCAUAACGAUACCGCUAUUUUGCUGGACAAGACGCGGAAAAACAGAGUAGAGAUAUGGGCUUCGAAGAGAGUUUUCUUCACUACUCCUCAAGUUGUGGAAAACGAUCUUAAAAGAGGUGUAUUGGACCCAAAAGAGGUUGUUUGUUUGGUGAUUGACGAGGCCCACAGAGCUCGGGGCUCUUAUUCUUACGUCGAAAUUACAAAGUUCAUGGAUAGAUUCAACACAUCCUACCGCCUCUUGGCAUUGACCGCCACACCCGCGGCAGAUCUCGAAGGUGUUCAAGAAGUGGUCCAGAAUUUGAAUAUAUCUAGAAUCGAACAGCGAACGGAAGAUGAUGCCGAUGUGUCUCGUUAUAUGAAAAGAAGAGACAAGCAGGAAAUUGAUGUGGGACUACUGCCCGAAAUUGAAGAUAUAAUAGAACAGCUCGGUCUAGCUGUUACGCCGGUCCUCAAAGAGGCCGUGGAGCUUGGAAUCUACGAUGACUGCCAUCCUUCACAAAUAAAUGCUUUCGUCGCGUUGCAGAAAAGUCAGAGGCUAGUGGCAAAUCCCUCCAUUCCAGAGGGAAUAAAAUGGAGAAACUUUUUUAUCUUACAGCUUCUGGCUCAUGUAGGGCAUAUGCUGAAAAGGCUGAAGAUUUAUGGAGUACAGUCAUUUUACAAAUUUUUCGAAAAUAAACACAAGGAGUUCACGACAAAGUAUGGUUUGGGGAAAUCCACCAAUAAAACCGCCGCCUCCUUUUACUAUAAUCCGAUUCUAAAAACUGUGAUGAGAACUUGCGAACAGCUUUUGGCGAGGCAAGACUUUUUGGGGCAUGAUAAAUUGAGAUAUCUUCGACAGGAACUCCAAGAAUUCAUAAUAGAUUGCCAACCAAGUUCAAGGGUUAUCGUCUUCACCGAACUGCGAGAGUCCGCCCUCGAAAUUGUGAAGACCAUUGAUUCUAUGCACAUUAAUGAACUUCGACCUCACAUUUUUAUAGGACAAGCUCGUGGAAAGGAAGGAUUUGAUGACGAAGAAUACACGAGGAAAAAUAAAUCAAAGGGUAGAAAGAAGUCAGAUAGAGUACAGCGGCUGGAAGAGGAACAAGCCAUAGCUGAAGAGAAGAAGAAAGACAAGGAACAGAAACGUUUACAGAGAAUGUCGAGCCGUACAGGAACUUCCGAGGAGGCCCAGAUUACAGGAAUGAACCAGAGGCAGCAGAAAGAUGUCCUAAAAAAAUUUAAAUCCGGUCUUUACAACGUGUUGGUAUGUACGUCUAUUGGCGAAGAAGGGCUGGAUAUUGGAGAGGUUGACUUGAUCAUAUGCUAUGACUCAACUGGAAGUCCCAUUAAGAACAUUCAAAGAAUGGGUAGAACUGGAAGAAAAAGAGAUGGUAAAAUAGUCUUGCUGUUAAGCGGUACAGAGAAUAAGAAAUUCGCUCAGGCGAUGGAAGACUAUGCAGAGCUACAGCGAAUUGUGAGUAGGAACUCUCUUGAUUAUAGGCCAUCGGACAGAAUUCUACCAGCGGGUAUAGAGCCAGUCUGUGAGAAAAAGUUUAUAACGAUCGGAGCUGAAGAAGAUGAGCUGAACAAUAUUGACGACUCAGACGAGGUGAUUAAGUUUGCGACUCAAUCGAUGAUGGGAAAGCUGGACACUCAGAAGAAAAAGGGAGCGAGGAAGACGAGAAAGCCUAAAGAUAAUGAGAAACGAUUUUUUAUGCCUGAUAACGUGGAGACAGGCAUUGUACCCGCCACGAGUUUGGUCAAUAAGUUUGUUCAAGGAGAAAAUGGCGAAAAGGUCAAGUUGGAGCGUUUGGAGAAUCAGGCCGACUUGAGGUAUCAAGUUUUAGAUGACAUUGCCCUCGAUUCACCGAUUUCAUCACCUGUCAAGCCUGAACCUGAAGCAUCAAGCCAACUUGAUUCAGCAAAGAUGACGUCAGUACUUGCCCGCCACAAAGCGGCCGCGAGAAAUCUUAAUACGGCAGGGACGGAGAGUACUUCUCUUUUUUCAGACCCUCCAACGUCGUCCUCUAAGCGGCCGGCGAGUUCUGCUACCCCAGCCAAUUCCUCGGAUGAGGCAAUUCCGCCCUUCAAGAGUGCCAAAUUUGCUGGACAAACAUGGACCUCCCCCAAUGAACGUGGACACACCAUCCCUCUAACUGCGAAAAGCCAAGAAAGUUACACACCGGGGAACGAAGACGUCUACAGAAGUUCUUUCGAAAUGUCGGACGGGCUCUUAAGUUCGCAAGAGCGCCAAUAUUUUGAGGAUAAUUACUCUGCCCUUUGUGGUGUUUGCAUAGAGCCAGUUCCUGAUUUUCUAGUCAAUGUGAAGACAGGAUUUCUACCGCACUCUGCGAAGUCUCAAAGGCUCAUAAGCGCAUUUAGGAACAUGGAGGCCAAUACAAGAGAAGGCAUUAUGGCCAUGAGCAAGCAUAAGGCUAUCGCAAACGGCCUGGAGAAGUCAGGGUUCAAGAGUGAGUUAUCGCGCCCUACGCUGUACAACGUCGUGGUCCAAGACUCCGAUGUUAGACUCGUUGCCGGCACCGCCUCGAGCUUUGAUGCUUCGUUGCCAGUCUCAAAAAUCCCCAAUCUCGCCGACUCAAAUCAGCUCCUGGACUUUACAGACUCGGAUCUCUCAGAGAGUUUUAUUUAA